UUGAAAACAAUGGUUUAUGCUCCAGGAGAAAAAUCUGGAAAAGCAGAGGAAGUAACACUGCAGAAUGCUAGUAAACAAAUUGUAGAAACUGCAAUACUACAAGCAGUGAACCAGAUUUCUCAAGAAGAUGAGGAAGAGAAGAAAUCAGACUGCAGUGCAGAUCGAAAGCUAGAAGCAGGGAAAUUAAACAUAAAGCCUGGAAAGAAGAAAUAAGGAAACGUGAUUCUCCCAAAGGCUUCUAUAUGGCUGCUUUACAAGCCAGAUGUUUGCUUAGUCACAUGCACUGACAGUGCAGAUUUAUCUUUUGGCAAACCAAAGCAUUAUUUGAAUGUAGAACUAUCAUAGUCAA